CGAGCAUCCUGAUUUCUGAAGUUGUGAACGAUGACAGAAUAUCAUUUGAAAAGCAGCCUUGAUGUGCACUGCAUUGGUUACCAGUUACCUCACGCUUAUCAGCUGUCUCUUCCAAAUUUAAGGGGGAUCGAUCAUUAGCCAGUUUUCAUCCUGUCGUCGUACAUUCUAAAACAACGGCAUUAUAAGACACACCUACCUACUACCUACUCACUUAUUCUGAGAAGAUACUUCUGGGGGGCAAGGGACAAAGUUUCAACACUAAACACCCACACAGAUGCACAAUUGGGAUAGUACAAGGUGUCAGAUCGUGUCUGGAAGCCUCCGAAGAUACAAGAAUGGAUGCUCAAAAAGUAAAAACGAUUGAAUAAGAAGACUUUACCAUACGGAAAAGAGACUUAUUGGAAAUUAACACAGUUUUAAAGGACACCGUGUAUCAGAGGCUAAUAAGGUUCAACAGCCAUGUCUCCAUUCUUGAGGAUUGGCUUCUCCUGCUUUGAGAUGGACCCAGGACUUGCCUACCAUGAGGAAGUUCUCAAUCCCUACUGCGCAGUCUACAUGAAGGAGGCCGUAGAGACCGAAAAAGGUCAGGUGUACAAGCAGAAGCGACCCACUAUGUAUCCUCCCUGGAACAGCACGUUUGACGCUCACGUCCACAGGGGACGAGUAAUGCACGUGGUGGUCAAGGACAAAACGACCGAGAUAAAGACAGAGGCCACCGUUCAGCUGGACACCCUCGCUUCACGGUGCAAGAAAGAAAACGGCAAACUUGAGAUCUGGGUGGAAUUGAAACCACAGGGUCGCUUACUAAUGGAAGCGCGGUAUUUUCUGGAGAGAAGUGAUGCUGCAGGUCACGGUGAAAGUGAUGGAGACAGUGAGCGGGAAAAAGAGGGGACGUUCGCCCUGCAUCACAGACGCGGUGCCAUCAAACAAGCCAAAGUUCACGUGGUCAAAUGUCACGAGUUCACCGCAACCUUUUUCCCUCAGCCGACUUUCUGUUCGGUCUGCAAAGAGUUUGUGUGGGGCCUGAAUAAACAGGGGUAUCAGUGUCGACAAUGCAAUGCUGCCAUUCAUAAAAAGUGCAUCGACAAAGUCAUCGCCAAAUGCACGGGCUCUGCCGUAAACAGUAAAGAAACCAUGAUCCACAAAGAGCGCUUUAAGAUUGAUAUGCCACACAGGUUUAAAGUGUAUAACUACAAGAGUCCAACGUUCUGCGAGCACUGUGGCACCUUAUUGUGGGGUAUCGCUCGCCAGGGCCUUAAAUGUGAAGAGUGUGGCAUGAACAUUCACCAUAAAUGUCAAAGGAAAGUUGCUAACCUUUGUGGCGUAAACCAGAAGCUAAUGGCAGAAGCUCUGGCUAUAAUUGAGAGCACUCAACAGGCUCGGGGCUCUCAAACUAAUGAAAUUGUUGGUCGUGAAGGGCCGGUGGCCGUAAGUCAAGCAGGGGUCACCAGAGAGCCCUCUGGCUGCUUACCAAACUCUCCUUUUUCACCUGCCCCAGCCCUUCCACGCAAAGAGCAACAGGGUAUCGCAUGGGAUACCCCGACAGAGGGUCGGAGGCCAAGUCUUCCUGAAGAGACUGAGCCAUUGUACGCCACCCCACGCAAAGAGCACCAUGCAAAGUUUACCCUUGACAACUUUAUUCUGCAUAAGAUGCUGGGCAAGGGUAGCUUUGGAAAGGUGUUUCUUGCCGAGAUGAAGGGCGCUGGGCAGUUCUUUGCAGUGAAGGCCCUAAAAAAAGAUGUGGUUCUGAUGGAUGAUGAUGUUGAAUGCACUAUGGUGGAGAAGAGAGUGUUAUCUCUAGCCUGGGAACACCCCUUCCUCACACACCUCUAUUGUACCUUCCAAACCAAGGAAAAUCUUUUCUUCGUGAUGGAGUAUUUAAAUGGAGGCGACCUAAUGUUCCACAUCCAAACCUGCCACAGAUUUGACCUCCCACGGUCCACAUUUUACGCUGCAGAGAUCGUCUGUGGGCUGCAAUUUCUACACUCUAAAGGCAUUGUGUACAGAGAUCUUAAGUUGGAUAACAUCUUGCUGGACAUUGAAGGCCACAUCAAGAUUGCAGAUUUUGGCAUGUGUAAAGAGAACAUGUUCGAAGAAGCUAGAACGUGCACUUUCUGUGGAACACCAGACUACAUUGCUCCUGAGAUUUUACUCGGGCAGAAAUAUGGGACCUCUGUGGAUUGGUGGUCAUUUGGUGUCCUUCUUUAUGAGAUGUUGAUUGGCCAGUCCCCCUUUCAUGGACAAGAUGAGGAAGAGUUGUUUCAGUCGAUCCGCACCGAUGACCCUUGCUACCCACGUUGGCUGACUAGAGACACCAGGGACCUUCUUGUUAAGUUAUUCGUGAGGGAACCAGAACGGCGUCUGGGUGUGAAAGGAAAUAUACGUCAGCAUGUGUUCUUCAGAGACACUGACUGGAAUGCGCUCGAAAAUCGGCAGGUGGAGCCACCCUUCAGACCCACUGUGAAAUCGCCCAGCGACUGCAGUAACUUUGACAAGGAGUUUAUAAACGAGAAGCCCCGACUUUCCAUCGCGGAUCGUACCCUUAUCAACAGCGUGGAUCAGAGCAUGUUCAACAACUUCUCCUUCAUCAACCCUGUUAUGACUCGCCUCAAGAACCAAUAACCCUAUACAUUCAUAAAGACGUUUUUGAACAUAUUGUGAACAGUUCAGAAACAUGAAGAAACACUCAUCUGUAGAGCACAACAAAUAAGUCUUACAUCAUUUCGUGCUAGGAAUAGUAGAAAUCUGAUAAAAGUAGUCCUAUGGUAUUUGGUAAUGUAGGUGAGCUAGUCUCACAACUUUUUGCAAUCAACAGUCUGUUCCUAUUUUUCUUUUUCAGAAUGAAUGUGCUUGUGUUCAUAUCUUUAAUAACUAGUUUUGUAAUGCGUUACCAAAUACUCAAUUGAAAAGUGGAAGUCCUUUUAUGGAAACUAAAGUGCAAAGUGUCAAAUGUUACAAAAUGUAGGUUACUUAUUGGACUGUACAAGGUUAUGUAUGAAUUAUUCAGAAGUAUGUAGAGUGCAAAAAGACUACAUUUAAAGAGAACACAUGCUUUUUUUUAAUUCAUGCUUCCUGUGUAACCAAAAAACAUGAUAAGUGGGGUACUAGUCUAUGUGACUCUGCCUGUAAAAAACAGAAAUGACAUAAGUUUGAUUUCAACCUUUGAUCUCUAUAUUUAUACAUGGCCUUACUCGGUUAAUAUUAAAAAUGUCAAGGAUA